GAAGCAGCAGCUUUAGUGCAGCAGCAGCAGCAGCAGGGCUCGAGCCACUGCUUAACCAGCAGCAGCAGCAGCAGCAGCAGCAGCAGCAGCAGCAGCAGCAGCAGGAGACCUCCCUCCCCCUGAGUCUCCGCUGCUGUCCCCCCGCUGCUGCAUCCCCCGUCUCCCUCGCCCCCGCUGCUGCCGCCCCCGCCGCUGCUGCUGCUGCUGCUGCUGCUGCUGCUGCUGCUGCUGCUGCUGCUGCUGCGAUGGACGCUGCGGUGGGCUGGCGGCUGCGCUGCCUGCUGUUUUGCUGCCUGCAGCAGGGCUUUUUGGAAGCAGCUUUUGAAGUCUGCAGCAGAGGAGACUUUUACGAAAAGUCGCAAAAAAGGAGACACUUUAUUUUCCCCUUCUUUGGCAGUUUGCUGCUGGCCCUCGACGGCCAGCAGCAGCAGGCGCUGCGCGCCCUCGACGCGCUGCAGCAGCAGCAGCAGCAGCAGCAGCAGCAGCAGCAGCAGCAGCAGCAGCGGGGGGGGG